AUGGAGCAAGUCAAGCAACUGAAAGCAGACUAUCCCUGGACGCAGGCGCCUCUCGUGUCAUGCGGUCCAAUGCGACUGAUAGCCCUGGCUUCACUGGCAACAGAGGUGUCACGAGCAGGUGGACUCGGCUUUAUUGGUGCAGGAAGUGAUGUGUCGACUUUGGGCGAAGAGCUUGAGAAGGCGAAGCAGCUGCAGGCAGGAGCUCAGCUUUUGAGAGAUGUGACUGAGGUCAUGCCCAUUGGCAUUGGCUUCCUAUUGUGGGCGGGUGAAAAGCUAUUGACAGAUGCGCUGCCUCUUAUUGAGAAGUACAAGCCGGCAGCUGUGUGGCUGUUCGCACCGAACGACUCAUCUCAAUUCCAAGCGUGGACGCGAGAGGUGAGGAGGGUCACGAACAGGCGAACUAAGAUCUGGAUCCAGGUUGGAACCGUCAAGGAUGGCAUUGAUGCGACGAAGACAUGUCAGCCCGAUGUGCUUGUUAUUCAAGGUCAAGAUGCUGGUGGGCAUGGACUUCAAGAGGCAGCUGGUCUGAUUGCCCUACUGCCCGAGGUUGAUGAAGCAGUAUCUGCGCUUUGCAGCACAGCAAAGCUGAACAAGCCCGUUCUUACUGCCGCAGGAGGCAUCAUGGACGGUCGAGGUGCUGCUGCAGCUCUCACUCUUGGAGCCUUUGGCGUGACAUUGGGUACUCGCUACUUGGUGGCACCAGAGUCAAACAUUGCCAAAGGAUAUCGAGAUGCAGUCCUCGCGGCUUCAGAUGGAGGGCCCAAUACAGCUCGAGGGAAGCUGUACGACACACUUCGCGGCACACGAGACUGGCCAGAACGCUUUGGUGGUCGUAGCGUGCUCAACGAGACCUGGCAUGAUGCGCAGAAAGGCAUGAGCCUGGAAGAGAACCAGAAGCUGUACGACGAGGCAAUGAAGCAAGGUGAUGCAGGCUGGGGCCAGGGAGCACGGUUGACGACUUAUGCCGGUGCUGGCGUUGGCCUCGCAAACAGCAUCAAGUCUGCUGCGCGGAUCACUGAGGAGGUCCGAGAUGAUGCGAAGCGGAUCUUGAAGCAGACAAGCAAGUACGUGAUAUAG